GUAAAAGAAUAAAAAAGAAGAAGAAAUAGGUUAUGUGUAUGACAGUGGCACAAAAUAAUAUUCUAAUUUGAAAUUUGAAUAUGAUAUAACAUAAUUAUUAACAAAUAAUAAUUAGUUUUGUACGGUGUAUAAUUAAAUAUUUUGUCAAGAGACAGUUUUAGGACGAUAAUUAAAUCCUAUAUAUUUAGAGUUAAGAUGGAAUCACAUAACUUUCCACAUUUAAAAAAUUCCCGAAUUCUUCAAGCUGCAAGAGGUGAAAAACCUGAUAAGCUUCCUAUAUGGAUUAUGCGACAAGCAGGAAGAUAUUUACCAGAAUUUAUGGCAUUUCGUAAAGAACAUAGCUUUUUUGAAAUUUGUCAAACACCCGAACUUGCCUGUGAAGUUACUUUAAUGCCAAUAAAGCGCUUUGAUUUGGAUGCUGCAAUUAUUUUUAGUGAUAUUCUAGUUAUACCCCAAGCACUAGGCAUGACUGUAGAAAUGCAUCCAGGAAAAGGACCUGUGCUGCCACAACCAUUAACUGUAGAAAAUAUAAAAGAGUUAUUGGUAGAAGGUGCAGUUGAAAGAUUAGAGUAUGUAGGUAAAGCCAUAACUCUCACUAGGCACAAACUGGAGGGAAAAGUUCCCUUAUUUGGAUUUUCAGGUGCUCCUUGGACUCUUAUGGGCUAUAUGAUAGAAGGUGGUGGUUCCAAGACAUUAAGUAAUGCCAAAAAGUGGCUGUAUAGCCAUCCAACGGCUGCUAAUGAACUAUUAAACUUGUUAACAAAUACUAUUAUAGAUUAUUUGGUAAUGCAAAUAAAAGCUGGAGCUCAGAUCGUCCAAGUUUUUGAUAGCAGUGCAGAAUAUUUGAAUAAAGCUUUAUAUGCUGAAUUUUGCCUACCGUAUCUAAAAAGAAUUUCAACGGAGAUUAGACAAAAAUUGAAGGAUGCUAAUUUGGCACAAGUGCCCUUGGUAUUGUUUGCAAAAGGAGCCCAUUUUAAUCUUGAAGACCAAGCUGAAUUGGGUUAUGACGUUCUGGGUAUAGACUGGACUGUUGAUCCAAGUACUGUAAGAACCCGACUGAAGAAUAAAAAUAUUACAGUACAAGGGAAUCUUGAUCCGUGUGCCUUAUAUGCUCCUAAAGAAGAAUUGGAGAACAUGAUAAAAGAGAUGAUAAGAUCUUUUGGAACUGAUAGAUAUAUUGUUAAUUUGGGUCAUGGCAUUUACCCAGACGCACCCGUCGAAAGUGUUCAAACUUUUAUUGAAGCAGUUCAUUCCAUUAAUAUUUAGUUGUUAUUAUGUUAAUUCACUUUUUCGAUACAUUCUAUGUAUGAACUGACAUUUGUUACUAUUUGGUGUAGGGAAGAUUUCAGAACGUAAAUUUUUGAUAGUCUAUGAGUUAAUGUUUAUUCAGUAAUGUUAGUUUCUGUUUAUUCAUUUUUUCGAUACAUUCUAUGUAUGAACUGAUAUUUGUUACUAUGUAUUUGGUUUUUAAUUUAGGAAAAAUUUCAAAAUGUAAAUUUUUUAUAGUAUGGGUUAAUACAGCUCUCUUUAAAUAA